AUGCGCUCGCUGGAUGUGCCUGCUUUAGCUCGAAACACCACCGGCGUGCUCAGCUACAAUGAUCCCGUGCACGCUCAAUACGCACAGUUGAGGAACUCUGCGAAGAACUGCGCGCAUAGAUUCCCCUCGGCAGGCGGCCUUAGCUCGACAACGGCCUGUGCAAAUGCCUUUCCCUCAUACCUUCUCACGCACUCACACCCAGCACAAGGCCCGACGCCGCACACAGAUGAACUACGCACAGCAGUCGCUCAACUCAACCAGAUCCACUACUCACAGAGCAACAUCGGCGACCGCUUCACCAAUGGCCGCCUCCUCGAAAACGACAUCCGCGAGUUCCGGCAGAUCGGGAACUUUGCACAACGCCGCGCCGCGAUCCUCGCGCGAUACCCGCCCCGAUCCGUGUGGGAGGACCAAUGGGUCAUGCUGGAUCACCGGCGGCUGUACGUGAUGAACCGCAUGCUCCCGCCAGAGACCGAGAUCCCAUGCGUCGUCCCCGAACCGCGGGGCGACGACGUUCUGACGGACGAUGUAGGGCAGGAGCUGUGUCGAAAGGCCACGACGCCGAACGGUGGAGUGUAUAUAUACCGGCGCGGCCACCAUGAUGAAGCGGAGUAUCACAUAUUCAUCAAGAGUCUCCGACUCGGCGAAUCUCAACGACAGGUGGAGUGUGUGGAUACCAAGUCGAUAGCACAUCGUGUCGAGACAGAGUUACUGGAGUGGCGGAAGGAGUGGAGGGCACAGGUCGAAAAGCUACGGAGAUAG